GUGGGAUGGUCAAGGGAAAUGCACUGGCGUAGACGGGCCUGUGUGGGAGACCUGGAUGCACCUGUCACUCACUGUAAGGACACAGGAGAAGAGGUGGACGAGGAAGUGGCUGCUGUAACUUCACACGGUUGUUUGGUGGCGUAUCAUAUAUAUACACCUGGAUACCUUAAGACAGAAAAUACAGAGAAUACAUUUUUUGAGCGUUUUGAACAUUAUCUUCUCAAAAGAGGCAGUGUGAAGAAACCUGUAGGAUUUUGUAGAGCUCCAGUUGGGAUGUAGACUGAGGGUCCAGUUCCGUCUCUUCCACUCUGCUUUCGGGUCUCUCGAAGCCAACAGAUGGCCACCGUGAAGAAUUCUGUGUCCGAGGACCCCCUCCUAGGCAAAGGGCCUGACGAAGACGCCUCAGAGGUGUCUUUGUCAGAAAGUGAGUCGGAUUCUGGGAGUGUCCUCUCAGAUGACUCAGUGCUUCCAGACUACCAGCAGGAAGGUGGUUCACAGGGCACCGCCAACACGCUGUAUGAGGCGUGUGCUCGGAACAACACCCUGGCACUCCGGAAGGUUCUGGAGAGAGGGGUUACCAAAGAGGAGGUCAUGAAGGUGGACCACAAUGGUUGGACCGGUCUGAUGGUGGCGUGCUAUAAGGGUUUUUUGGAAAUUGUGCAACAUCUUCACCACUGUCCCUACCUGGACAUAAAUCACCAGGACAACGAUGGCAACACUGCACUGAUGAUCGCUUCACAAGCAGGUCACACCAUUACAGUGACCUACAUCCUCAACUACUACCCUGGAGCAGACACAGAGAUCCGGGACUGCCGUGGCUUCACUGCACUCAUCAAAGCUGCCAUGCAGGGCCGAGACGAUGUGGUGUCUUCCCUCGUCAUGGCCGGUGCAGACCUAAAUGCUGUAGACUCUACGAAGCAGAAGUGUGCGCGGGACUGGGCACUAAAGACAGGCCGCUACGAGACGUUGAACCGCCUCCGCCGCCUCAACCUGCGGCCUAGAGCUGAGCAGUUCGCUGAGAGCUACGUCCCCGAAUGGCCAGAGCUGAAGGUGCUGGUGGCCAAGGCCAUGGCCAACAAGAGUGCCAGCCAGAAGAUCACCCAGCGCAUCAAGUCCACCUUCGGCUUCAACUUUCCCCGAGAUCCCCAGGAAAACGGGGUCUUGGACCACAUGGUGCGUAUCACCACCAGCAUCCACAGCCCUCUAGUGGCCACCGGCUGCCGGCCCCUCUGCCCCACCAGCCCCCCUGAAGUGGGGAAGAGGCGCCUGGCCGUGCCAGAGCUGGCGAAGAAGCAUUCAGAGAAGGAGCUGGGGGAGAGCUCUGUGUGCCACAGCAAUAGCUCCGUAUCCUCCAUCAUUCCCCACAUCCACUCAGCCGAGACCAUCGCCACGUCCUGCUGCGUGGACACAGAGCGCAGGGGCAGCAUAAUCUCUAUAGCUUCCACCGGGGUGCGCACCUUCAUCCCCAGGCACAUGGCCCACAGGAACAGUGUGUUCCCCUCUGGCUGCAUCCCAAAGAUCCAGAUAGUCAAGUCUGGAGAGCCCACGCCUAAGAAGGAGAAGAAGAGGAAGAGGCACAAGGGUCAUCUGGAGCCGCCCAUAUGGAAGUACAAGGCAGAGAAGCAGGAGAAGAAGAAGGCAGAGAAAGAAAAAGAGAAAACCAAGAAGGAAAAGAAACAGAAGAAACAGAAGAAGUGAGGUGUCUAACAAUGCCAAUUUAUUUUAAUUCCGCCCAAUAUUUUUUUCCUAGAGUUACACUUAAAACGUUAUGCCACGUUCACACUGUGAGCUUGACUGUAUCUGAAUUCUGAAGUACUGCUCAGUACUAGAAGGGCUGAACUCCAGAUCAUUUGGCCAACGCAGUAAAAGUUUUUCUUAAGGUCAUAUCAUUCAUACUGCUUUGUAAAUAUUUAGUUUUGUAAAAACUGUUUUAGAAACUUUCUUUGACUUUUAGGGGAUGGAUUAAACUAUUAUCCAGGGUA